GGUCGCGGCGCCGGCGGCGGCCCCCCCGGCAGUUGGCACCACCACCUGGUGCAGCGGAGCCUGGUGCUGUUCUCGGUGGGGGUCGUGCUGGCCCUGGUGCUCAACCUGCUGCAGGUGCAGCGGAACGUCACCCUGUUCCCCGAGGGGGUCAUCGCCACCGUCUUCUCGUCGGCCUGGUGGGUGCCGCCGUGCUGCGGGACUGCGGCCGCUGUUGUGGGCUUGCUGUACCCCUGCAUCGACAGCCGCCUCGGGGAGCCACACAAGUUUAAGCGGGAGUGGGCCAGCGUGAUGCGCUGUGUGGCCGUGUUCGUCGGCAUCAACCACGCCAGCGCCAAAUUGGAUUUUGCCAAUAAUGUCCAGCUCUCCUUGACGUUAGCAGCCCUGUCUUUGGGCCUCUGGUGGACCUUUGACCGUUCGAGAAGUGGCCUCGGGCUCGGGAUCACCGUCGCCUUCCUGGCCACCGUGAUCACUCAGCUGCUGGUAUACAAUGGUGUCUACCAGUACACGUCCCCGGACUUCCUGUACAUCCGCUCCUGGCUGCCGUGCAUCUUCUUCUCAGGAGGCGUCACCGUGGGCAACAUAGGACGGCAGCUGGCGAUGGCAAUGGGGGUUCCUGAAAAGCCACAUAGCGACUGAGUCUUCCAACCCACUGGAGAAGAGAAAGAUUUGGGAAGAAAGUCUGCGACAUUGGGUUGUGACGAAGAUUAUCUUUUUUCCUCAGUGAUCCAUUUAGGCUGGGCUGACCGUCCGUACCAGUGACUCCCGGAAAAAUAACUCACCUGUCUUAAAAUAGCAAGUGGAGAACGGCUUUUCUCGAAACGGUACCUUGCUUGAUGUGUCCAUGCCUGUGUCUGCUCUGGAGACGCGACCCCAGGCGGGCGUAGGCGUGCAGGCGGGCACGGCUUCCCGAGUAUUCGAUCUCAUUUAUGUUAUUAAAAGCAAGUUGCCGUAUUUAAAGCCUUGAACUAAAGCCUAAUUACCAGCUGUUGGUUUUGUAUCAGUGCCCACAGGGAUAGCUCGAUGGUGCUUAACAAAGGCGAAGUGUGGAAAAAUAGGAAUAAUAUUUAUCCAAAAGAUUUUGUAAAAAUAGGGUUGUGUAAAACGAGAAGUGGCUGUGAGCACAGGGAGACCGCGCCCGUGCGGCCGCGGUGCUGAGACCUUCACGCUCACGGGCCACACGUGCGUGUAUCGCGGUGCGCAGCCGUGCUCUCCUUCCUCCCGCGGAGUUUCGUGCAGACAAUCUACUGAGCGCAGUGAAGGCCGUAGUCCCACACUGUGAUAUUCUGGAAUUCUCACCUCGGUACUUGAGAAGUUCAUCCAAAUCCAUAAUCCUCUGAGAGGGAGUCCCCGUGUGCCGUGUAUCUCAGUCUUAGCCAGAGUCGUGUGUGGUUCUCCCGUCCUCCAGAACAGACCUGGCGAUUCUGCCACAGCCCUAUGGAAUUUGCAAUCUGUGAUUGCCUUGUAAGCGAAGCGUGCGCGUGCCGCCACACGGAACAUUUGGUGUCUCUAAAUACUCAAAGAUAUUGGUGAGCACAAUGUAUUCACUUAAUGGCAUAGACCAUCCCAGACCCACUUUGCAAGGAUUGGGUCUCAAACGUCAAGUGCAAUGUAUAUGGAAACCAAUCUGAGCCUUGUAUUCUCUUAAAUAUUUAUUUUUUUUUAACGUGUGAGAGGUUGCAGAGGGUUCUCCAUCCAUUUCAGUGCUGCAUGGAGGCAGAAUUCAGCAAUAAUUUCUUUCAGUUACGAAGUUACUGUCGUGCCCUCCGCUGAGCCCUGGUCUUUGAAAUACUCCAGCUGUGGGUUUAGGACACUUGGCAGUUUUACUUACAAAUUCACCUUUUUGUACUUUGCAAUUUACAUGUUUUUGUUUUAAAUUCUGUGAGAGUGACUUCAUUAUGAGACUCCUUUUUGGCCAAAACGGCGGGGGUUCGGAGGCCCCGGCGCCCGCGGCCGCAGACGUGCGCCCUCGGUCCCGUUCGCGCGAUGACCUCGUUGCGGUGGUUUGGUUCUGUUCUGAGGAAAACACGUUGGGUAAAUUGUAGGUGACUGUGUCGCUAAGCUAGUUGGCGGGAUUUCGUGUAGAAGACGGCGGGGUCAUUCCGACUUGGCGCCCAGCCCGCACACGCUUUCCGGAAGGGAAGGUGGGUGACCAGCUGCGUGAAGAGGUUUUCAAGGAAGAGGUCAGCAUUUUACGAAAGCCCGGAAGUUAUUAGGUGAGAGCAGUCGUUGACUCUUUAAAAUCUAUCUGAUCGUGUACAGACAGUAAGUAUUGUUUUCUCUGAAACUGGAAGUAAAUCUACAUCUGUUAGAAAUCAUGUAGCCAAAAAAUGUGAAUCUGAAGAAUUUUCUUGCCAAUACUUUAUAGCAAGUAUAUGAACCAAAGUGAUUUGCAUUUGUAAAAAUGUAAAGUAUUACGAACAAGAUUUGCACUGUUCCAGAUACAGACAUCAGUGAGGUUCACAUCCAUACUGAGUUUUCAGCACUGCGUUCUUUUUGCAUUCAUUUUUUACUUUUAUUAAAGGUUCAAAACCA